UGUCUGUGCUGGUGCGGGGCUCACAGCACUGGUUUCCUGGUAAAUGUCUCCUUGGUUGCUGGGAGACCCUGAAAUGGAGGGUCCUGCUGGAGGCCGACACACUGCCCCCAGCCUAUCCCCCGCCCUCUGUGCUGAGUGGUAUGUGGGUCCCACCUGCGGUCGAUGUGACUUUGACUCCUGGGCCCCUGCUGUUUGUUUGGAUGUCACAAUGUGACCCAGGUGCUGUUGACUUGCCACGUCUGUGUACCCCUCGCAUGGCAAGUGGUAUGGUCCAGCCUCUGAGCCCCUCACGGAGUGGUGCCGGGGUGCAGUAGGCAGAGCAUCUCUUCUCCGUUCCAGCGCCGGGACCCUGCAGCCCAUGACCUUGGAGCCACAGGGGCUGCAUCGUUAGAGUUACCAAGAGCAGAGGGCCAGGACUUCUGCGGCUUUAAUAAGGCAGACCUCUGCAUUAUGACCCGGCUGCUCGGCUACGUGGACCUCUUGGAACCCCACUUUGUGGCUGCCGUCCUUGCCAUUGUCUUCAAUCCUCUCUUCUGGAAUGUGGUCGCGAGAUGGGAACACAAGACCCGAAAGCUGAGCAAGGCCUUUGGGUCCCCCCGCCUGGCCUGCUACACCCUGGGUGGGGCCAUCCUGCUGCUGAACAUCCUGCGCUCCCACUGCUUCACACAGGCCAUGCUGAGCCAGCCCCGGAUGCAGAGCCUGGACAACCCCGCAGCCUACCACGUGGGCCUGGCACUCCUGGGAGUGGGCGGUGUGUUCGUCUUUUCCAGUUUCUUGGCGCUGGGCUUCACCGGAACCUUCCUAGGUGACUACUUCGGGAUCCUCAAGGAGGCCAGAGUGACCAUGUUCCCGUUCAGCGUCCUGGACAACCCCAUGUACUGGGGCAGCACGGCCAUCUACCUGGGCUGGGCCAUCGUGCACGCCAGCCCCACCGGCCUGCUGCUGACCGCGGUGGUGGCACUCAUCUACAUGGUCGCCAUCCUAUAUGAGGAGCCCUUCACCGCUGAAAUCUAUCAGCAGAAAGCCUCCCAGGCCUGUAAGAGGAGCUGACGGCUGCGGCCACUCCGUGAGAGUUCCCACCUCAGGCCUGCCCCGAGCACAGGCCCCUUGAGGGGGAGAGCGGUGCUUGGUGAGGACUGUCCAGUGCCUUGAGAACACGGCUUGAGGGCUCUGGACAGGCGCCUUGUGGCCCCAGAGCCCCCUGCCCAGCUGCCCGCCUUGUCCUGACUAAUAAAAGGCGCCUGACCCAUC